ACCUUUUUCUAAUUAUUUUUUAGAUUUAAAAUUCUAAUUUCGAUAUGUUGACAUAUAAGGAAAUUAGAUCCCCCAUUAUUAGGGACUAUUCAAACUAAUUACCGUAAUUUGUGUGAUAAAUAUUCUUCACAAUAGAUUUUCAUCGAAAAAAACAAAACAAAACAUGGGUUUCUUCACCAGUGUGUUGGGGAUCAUCGGUUUUGUAAUCGGAAUCCCUAUCGGACUCAUCCUUGGUUUCUUCGUCUUGGUUUAUUCUCAGCCUACACAUCAAGAGUAUCCACCUGCGAGGCCACUAGUUGAAACUAGCAUCAGUGUUCUUCUUGAUCUUUUACCAGAGAUUCCAUUGUGGAUGAAGAAUCCAGAUUAUGAAAGAGUGGACUGGUUUAACAAAUUUAUUUCCUACAUGUGGCCUUACCUCGAUAACGCUGUUUGCGGUAUCAUCCGGAAUUCUGCACAACCUAUAUUUGCAGAUUAUAUUGGGACCUUCUGUAUAGAAUCCAUUGAGUUCGAAAAUUUGAGUCUUGGACCGCUUCCACCGACAGUUCACGGUGUUAAGUUCUAUGAGACCAAUGAGAAGGAGCUUCUGUUUGAACCAUCAAUAAAAUGGGCAGGCAAUCCCAACAUUGUUUUGGUGCUAAAGGUUCUCUCUUUACGAAUUAGAGUUCAGCUCGUAGAUCUCCAGUUUUUUGCGAUAGUGCGUGUAGCUCUGAAGCCUCUUCUGCCGACCUUCCCUUGUUUCGGAAUGGUUGUAGUUUCAUUAAUGGAAAAGCCACAUGUUGAUUUUGGAUUGAAAGUGCUUGGUGGAGAUCUCAUGUCUAUACCGGGUCUCUACAGAUAUGUUCAGGAAACUAUAAAAAGGCAAGUUUCAAGUAUGUAUCAUUGGCCACAAGUGCUUGAGAUACCUAUUCUUGAUGCUUCAACAGCGUCUGUAAAGAAGCCUGUUGGAUUACUACAUGUGAACAUUAUUCGAGCUCGUAAUCUCCUCAAGAAGGAUUUGCUGGGAACAUCUGACCCUUAUGUCAAGCUUAGCUUAACCGGAGAAAAGCUUCCAGCAAAGAAAACCACCAUAAAGAAGAGGAACUUAAACCCGGAAUGGAACGAACACUUUAAGCUCAUCGUGAAGGACCCAAACUCACAAGUCCUUCAAUUAGAAGUCUUUGACUGGGACAAGGUCGGUGGGCACGACAGAUUGGGAAUGCAGAUGAUCCCCUUGCAAAAGAUUAACCCGGGUGAGAAGAAGGCGUUUAAUCUUGAUCUGAUCAAGAACUCAAAUGUUGUGAUGGAUUCUGGGGACAAGAAAAAAAGAGGAAGACUAGAGUUGGAUCUCAGGUAUGUGCCAUUCAGAGAAGAAAGCCUUAAGAGUAGAAAUAAAAGUCAGGAUGAGUACCAGAGAAAAGAAAGCAGAGAGGAGAAAUCAUCAGAGGACGACGAUUUUCUCAGCCAAGCCGGUCUACUCUCGGUUGCAGUCCAAUCUGCAAAAGAUGUCGAGGGCAAGAAGAAACACUCGAACCCUUAUGCUGUUGUUCUCUUCAGAGGAGAAAAGAAGAAAACAAAGAUGCUGAGGAAAACACGAGACCCUCGAUGGAACGAGGAAUUCCAGUUUACAGUAGAGGAGCCUCCAGUGAAAGAGAGUAUACGCGUUGAGGUCAUGAGUAAAGGAACUGGCUUUCACUUUCGAUCCAAGGAGGAACUAGGACAUGUAGACAUAAAUCUGGACGAUGUUGUUGACAAUGGAAGGAUCAACCAGAAAUACCACCUUAUCAAUUCCAGAAACGGCAUAAUUCACAUUGAGAUCCACAGGAAAAAGCAGAAAAGAGACUUAAGGGGUUUGGAGAUUCUUGAGAUCUUCUUCCCCUUUGGCGUACCAAGCUGGUAUGAUCUCAGGAAGAUAACAGCUGCUGCAAUUGAUAUGGGACUCCUCCUGCAGAAGUUUACAGCGAGUGUAAUGCAUAAACCUCACCGCGGUAGAUUCAGAAAAUAAGAACAAUAGGGUUCAAAGAGACAGACAUAGUUAUGAUCUACUCACCUAAUAUCAAACUCCUCUGACUUGAGCACAGAUUCUUGAGCUGCUUUCACGGUUUGGUUGUACUUGCUCAUGCCAAGAGUGGAGCAAAACCGCUCUGAACAGUUGGAAUCAAUGUCACUUGAUUAA